AAAUGUUAGUUUGGCGGGCAGUUUCGUACUUUCCAAUACAUCUCCGCGUCGUCGACUCUUUUCUCUCUCACCCACCAAAGAUCUACCGAACGACGGAGCCAAGACAAAACCUUUCCUCGAUCGAUCUCUUUCUCUCGCUGUCAUUGUUGUUGGAGAACAACAUCGAUAAAAAGGGAUGUCGGGAAAAGGCGCGAAAGGAUUGAUGGCUGGGAAAGCCGCAGCUCAAUCCAAAGACAAAGACAAGAAGAAGCCCACCUCUCGUUCUUCUCGCGCCGGCCUUCAGGGUGCUGGACAUUACAACACAUCUGCUGAUGUUCUGAAUCAAAAUUCUCAAGCUUUCAUGUUGUUUGGCUUGCUAUUCCUUGCAGUUCCCUGUGGGACGAAUCCACCGCCUUCUGAAAUCAAGGGCCACUGCUCAUGGAAGAGUUGGUGCCACUGCAGCAGUUUACUCUGCAGCAAUCUUGGAGUACCUAACUGCAGAAGUGCUGGAGCUGGCUGGUAAUGCAAGCAAGGAUCUGAAAGUUAAACGUAUAACGCCAAGGCAUUUGCAGCUAGCAAUCCGAGGAGACGAAGAACUUGAUACCCUCAUUAAAGGAACCAUAGCUGGAGGUGGUGUCAUCCCUCACAUCCACAAGUCUCUAAUCAACAAGUCCGCCAAGGAAUGAAUGGAAACCCGAAAAGAAAAGGUCAUUCAUUCAUUCAAAUGAUUAGUUUAUUCGGCGCCAUCUGUAUUGUUAAGAUUCUUCCAUUGUGGGAUUCCGGGUUCGGUCAGAUUGUACAUUGUGCUUAAAAACUCGGAUUGAUGAUAGUUAUACAAACUUACCUUCGAUUGGAAUAUUUUGAAUGUUGUGUAUGACAUGAAUGGCUUGCUGCUUGUCCCGUUGAAACACUUCCAUUAAUCUUAAACUGAUCAUCCAAACGAUAAAAAGUCUCAACACAUUGACUAAAUCUCAUCACUCAAACGACCCCUUAUUCAUUUGCUAACCAUUUGACAGUCUACUGGCUUAAGUUAACAACCUACACUAGAUUUGAAAAACGAAACAGGUUACAACAGGGGGGAGGAACACAACAAAGCUUCUCAACCACGUUAAGAGUAAACUUUGAUGUCUCUGUCAUAACUCAAACACACUGCGAGAGGGAAGAGAUAAAAUAUAACUGUUGUUAACUUAGAACUCUCUCUCAGUUGAGUGUAGCAACUUUAGGUACAUCGACCGGGAACUGAUCAAUCUCAUCCAUCCACGGGUUCUUCUCCUUAGCUGGGUUUAUAGUGCGCAGAGCCUUCCACACCGCACUAUUGCACUUGAACCCAGACCCGAAAGCAAUCUGCCACAUCCUAUCUCCUCUCUUCACUCUCCCUUUCCCUUCAGUAUAAGCCAACUCAUACCACAGCGAACUGCUAGACGUGUUCCCAAACCGGUACAGAGUCAUCCUUGAAGGCUCCAUAUGCCAAUCCGAGAGAUGCAAGUUCUUCUCAAGCUCAUCCAGCACAGCUCUCCCACCGGCAUGAAUGCAGAAAUGCUCGAACGCCAGCUUGAAAUCUGGUAUGUAAGGCUUCACCUUCACCUUCAGCAGCUUCUUUGCCACUAAUGUAGCAAAGAAGAGCAGUUGCUCAGACAUUGGCAACACGAGCGGGCCCAAAGUAGUGAUGUUGGUCUUCAAUGCAUCUCCUGCAACUCCCAUCAACUCCUUUGACAGCGAAACUCCGACCUUGCCUUCUGAAUCUUCCCUCUGUGUAACACAAGAGAAGCACUUAUCGUCCGACCCCUUGUUGGUCCUCACAGUGUGAACCAAACUAUACUUGGCACGCCUCCUCUCCGAACUCUUAUUCGAGAGCAAAAUUGCAGCACCUCCCAUUCGGAACAAGCAAUUCGACAGAAGCAUUGACUUAUCAUUCCCAAAGUACCAAUUCAAUGUAAUGUUCUCCAUACUAAUUACCAAAGCGUACGAAUUUGGAUUCACCUGGAGAAGAUCCUUAGCGAGAUCAAUCGAGAUCAAGCCAGCACUACACCCCAUCCCACCAAGAUUGUAACUUUUCACAUUGCCACGAAGCUUGUAGUGGUUAAUCACCAUGGCAGACAAAGAUGGUGUAGGGUUAAACAAGCUGCAAUUCACUAUCAAGAUGCCAACAUCUUUAGGCUUCACCUUAGUCUUGGCAAACAAGUCAUCAAUUGCACCAAACAUGACAGUUUCUGCUUCCUUCCUAGCCUCGGCCAUACAAGGAUUAGGUGGAACAUUGAGAACAGCUUGUGGGAGGUAAGUUGACUCACCAAGACCGGACCUUUCGAGGAUCUUGCGCUGGAAAUCGAGGCUUUGCUCGGUGAAAGUGCCGGUUAAGCUCGACCUGUCCAUGAAGAUCUGUCUGGUGCAUUGUCUGGCGUCGUCGGGCUUGUAACAGGAGAAGUCUACGAGGUAGAUUGGACGAGGGCGAGUUAGGAAGUAGAGGGUCAGGAAGAAGACUAUGAGGGUGGUGCAUAGGAUUACUGAGAAUAGGUUGGAUUGGAGAUGGUGAUUCCAUAGGUCUUGGAGAUCUUGAGCUGAGAAUGUGGAUAGCUGCGCGAAGAUUAGCAGGGCUAGUGGGGAUAAAAAGAGGUACAUCCCAUGGGUGAUUAGGUGAUGGUAACCUAGUUUGACGUAUUUGAGCUUCACUGUUUGUUUGAAAUCUGGGAGCUUGGUUCGUGAUUGGGAUGGAGGAAUCAAUUGGGGAUUUGGGUUUGGCUUUGGCUUUGACAUUGUUUUUCCUAUCUGGGUAUUUGUGCUUUGCUAGUUUGCUUACUACCACGCAACAAAUUAGAUGCUCGGGAUUGUGGGAAAAGGUGGGGGAUUUUCUUGGGAACCAAACAGAGC